GAAAUCUUAGGAGCCUAGCUCAGUUCGGAGCAGGCUUUCGAAAUUGUUUCACAGCAUCUACUAUAAUAUUGAUUCGAGCCAGGCAAAAUGGCAACUCACGAAGCCAAGCCAAAGAUCAUGGCCUGCGAUUUUGAGGUCCGUGGCAAGGUGCCAAAGGAGGCGUUCGAACUGUUUGCCGUCGCCCAGGCAAAAGUCUUGGGAAUACGCGGCUACAUAACCCGGGUCUCCGAAGAUCUCUACAAGGGCCAGCUGCAGGGCGAGGGCAAGGUGAUAGAGGCCUUCAAAAAGGUUAUCGCCUCGGCAGCCGAAUACGUGGCUGCCGUUAAGGAGUUCAUCAUUAAGAAUAUGAAAGUCAUCGAGGAGUAUACCUAUAAGGCUUUUGAGGUUAGGGCGUAAAAGGAUGCUCACAGGAUCAGACUUCUGUAAUGUGCUGUUAUU